AUGAAGAUCUUUAAAGUUCAAUGCGAGGCGAUUGAAGUUAGCAUAAAGUUAAUUUCCAUAUUCCUGAAUGCCGCUUCGAUGAUUUUGCUGCUGUGCUCCGUAUUAUUGCCGAUUUAUUACUAUAGCGAUGAAGUGGAAUUUCGGUUAGUUUAUUGCAAUUGUAAUCUGGAUGAAAACAUUUUUGUAUCAAAGGGAGAUGAGGAGCGCUGUAAGGAGGCAAUUGUGGUAAGGAAAUUUAUUUUGACAUACGAACGUGCUUCUUAUAUCACUUAAAAAAUAGCUUCAACAUUUUUCAGCCUAUCUACGAACUACUGUCAACUGUGGCCCCUGGAUUUCUCUUCGGCGCAGCCAUCAUUAUAACACUUGUUACCACUGUGAUUUCCAUCAUCUUCAGCUGUUGUAUGCUUGAAAAAAUGCACUUGGGAUUCCUGUGCUUUGGUGACUUUUUCAGCGUCAUUUUAGCUGUCGUGGCACUAAUCGUCUUCGAAAGUUCGCUGCCAACUCAAGUUCCGUGUAAGAAAUCAAUCAAAAUCCAAUUAACCUCGAUAGCUAAUGCACUAACGAUUUAAUUUCAGCCAUCAUAAAGUUCGAUUCUACGAUUGGAAUACAUAAAAUUCCGCAUGACUUUAGGCAUGGUGAAGCAACGAUUACAGCAAUUACGGCGAUUGUUAUUACCUUUUCUGCUGCCGUAUUCAAAGGAGCAUCUAUUCUAUUUUAUUGA